AUGGUGGUGGCCAUGAAGAUGAGUUUGACUAAGCUUAUGUUCCUGCUACCACUUUGCAUGUUCAUCUCUCAUAUCAACUGUGCAGUAACAAAAGAAGUUGAUGGUGAUGGCAUGACUCCACCCAAUGAUUGUACAAACUGCUCUUUAUGCCAGUACCCCUGCCACCUUCAACCACCACCACCACCACCGUCAGGAUACCCUUCUUAUCAACCGCCACCGCCACCGGAGUACCCGCCGUCGCCUCCGGCUGAAGGCAACUGCCCACCAGUUCCUGUUCAGUGCUGCCAAUAUGCACCUCCCAUGCCUUACACUUAUUACCCUGAUGGCAACUAUUCGGGUUCAUCGCCCUUACCUUUCCUGAUCAAGCCCACAUGUACCUUGUGGUCUUCUGUUAUUUUUGCAUUGUUGCUAUGUGGUUUUCUUUUCCAUGUUUGA